CGCAGUCUCGUGUAGUUGAAUUUCACUUUAAUUACAUUAUCCCUAAAUAUAAAACAAAAUAUUUUUCUUUGUUGUGCCAGUAUAUUGAUAAAUUAUUUUAAAUUCCUGCUCAAUUUUCAAGUUAAAAUAUUAUAAAACAUAAUGACUAGAAGAGCAACACACGCAGGCAGUUGGUAUUCAGAUUACGGAAGAGAAUUGUCUGAACAACUUAAUGAUUGGUUGGUUAGUGCAGAUUUAUCUCAUGGUCCUGCUAGGGCAAUUAUAGCCCCUCAUGCUGGUUAUACGUACUGUGGUGCUUGCGGAGGUUUCGCUUAUAGACAAGUUAGCCCUGCUGUUGUAAAACGAAUUUUCAUAUUAGGUCCAUCACAUCAUGUUCGAUUAAGAGGCUGUGCUUUAUCAAUUGCUAGUAAAUACAAAACACCUUUAUAUAAUCUUAAAAUAGAUACGGAGAUUAAUUCGCAGCUUGAAAAAACUGGCCAAUUUUCUUGGAUGGAUAUGAAAACAGAUGAAGAUGAACAUAGUAUCGAAAUGCAUUUACCUUAUAUUGCCAAAGUAAUGGAAGAUUAUAAAGAACAGUUUACAAUAGUACCAAUUUUAGUUGGUUCACUUUCUCCUGAACAGGAGUCUAUGUAUGGUGAACUUCUUUCACAGUAUUUUACUGAUCCACAAAAUUUAUUUGUGAUAUCGUCCGAUUUCUGUCAUUGGGGUCAAAGAUUUCGUUAUACAUAUUAUGAUAAAUCAUGUGGACCUAUUUAUAAAUCUAUUGAAAAAUUAGAUAAAGAGGGAAUGGAUAUUAUCGAAACUUUGAAUUUGAGUGCAUUUACCGAUUAUUUAAGAAAAUAUAAUAAUACGAUAUGUGGGCGUCAUCCAAUUGGAGUUAUGCUCGGCGCUGCUAAAGUUCUUAGAGAUAAAAUGGGAUAUAAAUUGAGCUUUAAAUUUCUGAAAUAUGCACAAAGCAGUCAGUGUCACAAUAUGAAUGACUCGAGCGUUAGCUAUGCAUCUGGAUCUCUUGUUUUCGAAAACUAAAUAAAAGAAUUUAAUGAGUUUUAAUUUGAAAGAAUUCUUCUCAAUAAGAGAAAAUAUACGAAUAGCAUUAAUUUUUAAAAUCAUAUUAAUUAUUUAAAUCAAAUAAGUUUCUCAUUUUGUAUAUGUACCUAAAACUUACUAAAAAUAGAGAUGAAAGGUUUUA